AUGAGGAAGGUAGACAUACCAGGCAAGAAGCCUCAAAAGGCCUUUAGUCUCAUAAUGAUCCUAAUCGCCAUCCUCUUCAUCUUCAUCUUUGGACUCAUCUACAUCCUACUGGUGUCUGCACCACCUAACCUGCACAAGCAUACAGGACCUGUGGACAAGCAGGAAGUGGAAAUAGCACCAAAAACUGUGGAAGCUGAGAAUCUAAGACAUGAUCUGACCCAGCUGAAUGACAAUGCAGCAAAGGCCAAGGAUGUUGAGAAUCUAAGACGUGAUCUGACCCAGCUGAAUGAUGAUGCAGCAAAGGCCAAGGAUGUUGAGAGUCUGGCAGCUGAUUUGAACAACCUGGAUGAAAAAUCUGCAAAAACCGAGGACAUUCAGACUAUGAAAGUACAUGUGGACAGCCUGGACGGAAAACUUGUAAGCAUCGUGUACUCGAUAAAGAAGGCAGAAAUACACCCUCAAACGUACACGUACAUCCUCCUGGACGGUCUGGCAACACGCGUGGACGGUCUGGCAACACGUGUGGAAGGUCUGACACCACGUGUGGAAGGUCUGGCACCACGUGUGGACGGUCUGGCAACACGUGUGGACAGUCUGGCAACAAGCGUGAACAAGCUGGACAACAGAGUAGACAGAACCAACAAUAAAGUAGAGAGACUUACAGAAGAUCUGAAGAAACUGGAUGAAGCAACACCCAAGGAUGUCCAGAAUCUGGAAAAGCGUGUGAACGGGCUGGAAGCAUCCCAGGUUUUAAAUAGCCACUUAGUUCAGAGGCUGACAGACGAGCUGAAGAAGCUGCGUGAAGAAGCUGCAAAAGAUGUUGACAUAAAAACACUGACAGACGAUCUGAAGAAGCUGCGUGAAGAAGCUGCAAAGACCAAGGAUGUUGAGGUGGAGGAAGAGACAGACAUCGCCAAGGAUCUAAAGGCACGUGUGGACCACCUGAUGACUGCGGAGACCACAAACCACAUCACCAUUCAGGAUCUAACCACACGUGUGGACGACCUGAAGACUGCGCAGACCACAAACACCAAAACCAUUCAGGAUCUAACCACACGUGUGGGCAAGCUGGAUGCCAUGUCAGACAAACGUAAGAUGUGGUUUGCAGCAGUAGGGGGCCACAAAAUGACAUGUGAUGACAAGGUGAUCUUUGGCAACGUGCGCACCAACAUGGGUAGCCGCUAUGAUGCCAACACAGGCAUUUUCACAGCCCCCUACAAGGGCGCCUACUUCUUCACCUUGGCCUACAGAUCACAUGGUGAGAAGAUUCAUCUAGAUGUGUAUAAGGAGAAGGAUGGGAACAGAGAGUGGCUGAUGUUCCUGUUUGACACCACCAACAUCAAAGGGAAGGACUACAUGGCCUCCAGCAGCAGGAUGGUUGACCUGGAGCAUGAAGAGAAGGUGUAUGUCAUUGCUUAUAGUGACCAUGGAUUUACAGAUACUUGGUCUAGCGUGUUCAGUGGCUUCCUGGUGCAUCCCAUGUAAAGUGGGGGCGGGCGCAUCCAUCCAUGAUAUCAGGGAUAUCAGGGCAGUAUCGCUAUGGGAUGGAUGCUUUGAUGUGUAUUCCAUGAUAUCGUGUGGCUAACGUUCCACGUGUGUUUAUGGGUAUUGAGGGCGUACAGGUGGCGUGUGGCUGAUGCCACCUACUGGUAACGCUUGUCAUAUUUACUAGUAUUCUGCUCUGUAUUGUUUUCCUAAAGGGACUGUUUGCCAACAUCCCGCCCUCUUCCUGUGUUGGCACGGAAGGCUAUUGCUAACAUGCUAGCUUCUAUUUGUUCCCUUGAA